CUUCUUAAACAAACGCACAACAUGUAUCGUUGUAACUUGUGCGUUCACUUUACGUCAGGUAGUCUUCGACUAUUGAUGUCCCAUCUGGGCCGUGUCCACAAAGAUGAGAGAGGUUUCCAUGUUCUAUGCGGGAUAGAUGGGUGUCCAAGGACAUACAAAAACUUCUUCUCGUUCAGAAACCAUAUCCUUCGCAAACAUUCCGCCGUCCUGAAUACAGAAGCGGUUCCACAAGUUGGCCCUUUACCAGCCAGGCAACAAUUUGAGAAUGAAGAUAACGGAGACCAUGAACGCGAUAAUGACGACGCCCAUGAGUUUGAUUUUGAACGAGAAGUCGAAGAGGUCCGCAAAUCAAACGUAUUGUCGUUAUUAAGGAUAAAAGACGAAGGCAAAGUCCCUCAAACUGUCGUAGAUUCAAUUACGCGUACGACUACACAGAUCGUUGACAGCAGUGUAGAAAUUCUUCAGUCUGGUUUGAGGCAAUGUCUUGAUAAUGCCGGUUUACAAUGGAUAACAUUCCCGGGUUAAAAGAAUUGCUUGACGAAGACAACACCAUACGAAAACCAUUUGAAGGAUGCAAUAAUGAGGCGUCUCAGUUAUCAUACUGCAAAGAUAAUUUUGGAAUGGUGGAGCCAGAAAAAGUUGUCAUGGGUAAAUUCCAUAAAAAGAUCAGGAAGGGAAGCAGAUUGGUAGAUAUUGAAAAAGAAGACAAAGCAUACUAUGUGCCUCUCAUCAAAAGUAUUCAACAACUUUUGAAUAAUGAAGCUGUUGUUGAGGAGAUUGAUAACCCUCAUGCUCGUCAGGAUGGUUUGCUUGGUGAUUUUUGUGAUGGAGAAGAAUUUAAAUCCCAUCCACUCUUCAGUACAGAUAUGUAUGCAUUACAACUGCUAUUGUUCUUUGAUGAACUGCAAGUCUGUAAUCCUCUAGGAUCACGAGCAAAUACCCACAAAAUAGGUGAGCAGGGGAAUUAUUUUGAUGUGCAUUCAGUAUUAUAG